CUUACACAGCAAGUAAUCAACCCCAUACUUCCUUUAUUCCCUUGCAUCAGUACCAUGGCAUAUCUUUCCAUAUUUCCUCUCUGUCUCUUCUUCCUCCUGAUCUCUCCCUCCAUAGCUCAGACAACCUCGUUUAGACCCCGUGCUCUUGUCCUUCCACUAACCAAAGACUCAGCAACCGGUCAAUACAUCACUCAGCUCAGCCAAAGAACACCGCUUGUCGCAAUAAGACUAACCGUGGACCUGGGAGGCCAAUUCUUGUGGGUGGAUUGCGACCGAAACUACAUCAGCUCAUCUUAUAGGCCAGCCAGGUGCCGGUCAGCGGUAUGCAACCUUGCCAAUUCUAAGGCAUGUGGCCAAUGCAACGGCAGCCCGAGGCCAGGGUGCAACAACAACACUUGUGGACUCUUCCCAUACAACCCCUUCAUUCGCACGGCCACUAGUGGUGAACUUGCACAAGACGUUGUAUCUUUGCAAUCCACCGAUGGAUCAAAUCCUGGCAGCAUUGUCUCUGCCCCGAGAGUUGCAUUCACUUGUGGCCCUACCUUUCUUCUUGAGGGUCUUGCCAAAGGAGUCGUGGGAAUGGCUGGAUUGGGAAGAGGCCCUAUUGGACUUCCUUCGCAGUUAGCCAGUGCCUUCAGUUUUCCAAGAAAGUUUGCAAUCUGUUUGGGCUCCAAGGGGGUCAUAUUCUUUGGUGAGAGCCGGUACAAUUUUCUCCCAGGUAAAGAUGUUUCCAAAUCGCUCAUUUACACCCCGCUCUUCAUCAAUCCGGUUAGCACUGCAGGGUCUUUCUUCCAAGGGGAGAAAUCAGUGGAGUAUUUUAUUGGGGUGAAAUCCAUUGAGGUCAACGGAAAACCGGUGGCAAUAAAUUCGACAUUGUUGAAGAUUUUUGACAAAGAUGGGAACGGUGGAACCAAGAUCAGUACUGUAAAUCCCUAUACCGUGAUGGAAAGAUCAAUUUAUAAGGCUUUUACUAGUGCAUUUGCUAAAGCAUUUUCAGGGGUGCCUAGAGUGGCACCAGUAGCACCUUUUGAGGUGUGCUUCAAUUCCAGUAAGUUGGGCAGCACCAGAGUUGGUCCUCCAGCUCCUACCAUUGACUUUGUCUUGCAAAGUCAGAGCGUGUUUUGGAGGAUUUUUGGUGCAAACUCAAUGGUGCAGGUCAAGGAGGAUGUGCUGUGCCUGGGAUUUGUGGAUGGAGGUUUGAAUCCCAGGACUUCAAUCGUGAUUGGACUGCACCAGAUUGUGGAUAAUCUGCUGCAGUUUGAUUUGGCAAGGUCCAGGCUUGGUUUUAGCUCAACUCUCUUGUUCCAGCAAACCACGUGCUCCAACUUCAACUUCACAUCAAAAGCUUGAAGAGGGCUUCUUCCACU